UUUCACACGCUAAAUUAAGAUUCAUCAUAAAUCUUUAAAAACUACACGAAAUGAGACAAUUCUGGUCUUCACACAAUUACUGCUGAGUUAAACUAAAAAUCCUCAACCCCAGCUCAAAUCUUACUUCCUUAAUUCUACUCCACCCUUGAGUAAUUUGUUCUCGUCUAUUCUCCAGUUUCAAUCACAAUGUCUGAUACCACAAGCUCCCCAUCCAAACCAACCCCAGGUGCUCCGGGCAAUGAUGCGUCCUCUCCGCCGCCGUAUUCCUACCAAGGGGAAGAUCCUCCACCCUACGAUGGCCCAGCUACCUACAACCUACCCAAAGCCGAGCCUGCCUGCAUCAGCCACCCCACUACUCAAUAUGAGUCUUUCUGUGACAUAAACCCACCAGAAACGACUCCAUUUAUAUCCUCCUCGUCUUUUGAUGACAAGACAGUGAGGCGAGGCUUUGUAAGAAAGGUGUUCUCUAUCCUGACUCUGCAGCUGCUGUUCACCUUCAGCGUGGUGUGUGUGUUCACCUUCUCCAGCGAGGUCAAAGAGGCUGUGCAGAACAACCUGUGGGCCUAUCUCAGCUCCUUCAUUGUUUUCGCCGUGGUGGCCCUCGCCCUUAGCUGCUGCAAGUCCUUCAGCCGCCGCCACCCCUGGAACAUCGUAGGAUUGAUUGUCGUCACCCUGAGUUUGUCAUACAUGGUGGGGACCAUCGCCUCCUUCCAUAACACCAAAGCGGUGGUCGUCACUAUGGCAGUGACGCUGGUGAUUUCUGUUGCCAUCAUCGCUUUCUCUGCACAGACUCGUUAUGAUUUUACCAUUUGCUACGGCUUGCUGUUGAUUGUGGCUUUGGACUUCGUCAUGUUUGGAUUCUUCUGCACCUUCUACUACUCCUACAUUACGGAUGUUGCCUAUGGAUGUCUGGGAGCUCUGCUCUACUCUUUGUUCCUGAUGGUGGACUGUCAGCUGAUGAUGGGGACCAUGAGCUACCGUCUGGAUCCAGAGGAAUACAUCAAUGCCGCUCUCACUUUAUACCUGGACAUCGUGCUCAUCUUCCUCUACCUGCUGGGGAGGAGGUGAAACCGCAUACACAACACACACAAACCCUCCCACUAGGACACUCCAAUCUGUAAUUAAAACCUGCUCUAUAAUUAUGUAAAUAAUCUAAACGUGACGACAAUAAA